AUGCGAACUGUUCUUUGUUCGGCUGAUCAUUUCCAGUUACUACAAUGCGUGUACGACCUGGCAGCGCUACCGGAAUGUCAACAGCCUAUGCGUGACGAAAUCCGCAACGUUGUAGGCCAGGGCAAUAAGAUCGACCUGGAAGGAUUGUCACGGAUGCCUAAAGUAAACAGCUUCAUGAAAGAAGUGGUUCGAAUCAGACCGGGUACUGUGGUUGUCAUGGCCCGAAAGGCGCUCUGUGAUGUCAAAUUAUCAGAUGGCCUCAUCAUCCCCCGUGGCGUUACAGUGGCAAUGCCAUCGUUUGCCAUAAACCACGACCCAGCCAUUUAUGGGGAUGACGCUGCCUCUUUCAAGCCGUUCAGAUUUGUUAACAGCAAAGAAACCAUCCCUCCUACUGUAGCCUUCGAGUCGAUUUCCGGUCUUGGCCUUGAUUUCGGUCGUGGCAAAGCUUCUUGCCCGGGACGCUAUAUUGCUUUGUGGACUAUGAAAGUUAUGCUGGCGCGGUUCAUUCUUCACUACGAAGUGAGACUGAAACCUGGAUCAAGUCGGCCGAGCGAUUUCACGCCAGGGGUUCACAGAAUUGCACACUUUGUCGGUGAUAUGCUGAUUAGGAGGAACGUAGGGUGA